AGAUUCGGGGACCACAUGUCCCACAAUGCCGUGGAGCAACUACGUUUCCCGACAGGCAAAGGGGAGGCCGUGCUUACUGAUAGACUACGGCUCCCGGCAUGCUCCGCGACCCAAGGCCAGAAAGGCCCGGAUCCGGAACUGGACGUGGCUUUCUGCUUUGAAGCCCCCGAAAUGGCCACGGGGACGGACCAGGUGGUGGGACUCGGCCUCGUCUCCGUUAGCUUGAUCAUCUUUACCUACUACACCGUCUGGGUGAUUCUCCUGCCCUUCAUUGACAGCCAGCAUGUCAUCCAUAAGUAUUUCCUGCCUCGAGCCUAUGCUGUAGCCAUUCCACUGGCCGCUGGCCUCCUGCUGCUCCUGUUUGUGGGAUUAUUCAUCACCUACGUGAUGCUGAGGAACCAGAAAGUGACCAAAAAGGUUCAGUGAAGGCCUGGCAGGAAUGAGGCUGCCAGCCCCUCCUCUGCCUCCCUCUGGGGCAGGGCCUGGGGGCCCCUCAGGACCCAUCCAGGCAUUGCGGCCCCCUCAAGCUUGGCUGCCCUGCAGACACCCUCGAGGGAUGGAACUGUUUAGGACUCACUCCCCACUGACCAGAGCCCCUCCUCCCCCUGUGUCCAGCCUUCCAGCCGCCAAGGGAGAAAUACCUGGAAGUCUCCCUCUCACCCCCUCCUGGCUCAGAGCCUGAAAGAUCCUGGUUCUUCCCACCUCACCUCCAGACUCACCACUUUUUCCUCUGGGUUCUGCCCUCUUGCCUCAGUUUCCCUCCUGUCGCAUGUGCUGAUGUUGGACUUGGCAGGUUCUGAGGCAUCACAUGACCUCUCCUCACAUGUCCUGCCCCUCCACAAAGGUCGCUUCCCAGGUCUGACAUGGCCCCAGGCCCCACAAGGACUUCUGGACCUGGGAGGACUACAGGGAGCAGUGACAGGCCCUGGGACUAAUGCUAAGCUUCAGGGCACAUGAGGGCGGCCAUGCCUGAAGCUGUGCUGCUGGGAAGCUAGAGAGGGGCUGGGAACUGGCCUCUGCAUUGGUCUCAGGUGCCUCCUGUACCUCCUGGAUCAUCCCUGUGCUGGCCAAGGAAUAAAGCAGGGGCAGGGGCAGGGACAGAGGUGGUUCUGGCCUGGGGCGGCUUAUGGCUGGGGAGUCAGUGGUAUGCCAGUGUGCCAGACACCACAUUGGUCACCACCCUUCCCUGUGCCAGCCCAACUUGCAGGCACUAGUAUUUUAGGGACCCUCUGUACCCAGCCCAUCGCCCCUCUCUUGUACCCAGCUGCUCAGCUUAGCAUGACCCUAAGCAGUGAGGGCUCCUGCUGAGCCAGAGCCCAGCUGCACCCCCCUGUGCUCAGGCUAACUAAUCUGACACAGGCCCCAGCUCUGGUCCCCCAGCAACCCCACCAUGGCCCUCAGCAGCUGGCUCUCCAUUCAGGGUGACUGGCAUGAGACUCCCUCGGAGCAGAGGCCAACAGUAGGCACAGCUGCCCUGCCCUCACCUGUCCCACCCUCUCCCCGCCCCCCAGUCCAGGCAGAGCUGCCCCCUGGGCUUUGGGUUCUGUCAUUUUGCCCUGCUGUCUAGCAGGGGCCUCCUAUGUCUGCUCAUCCCCCUGUCCGGAGAACAGCCCCUGCCUCCCACCGGGGCCCUCCCAGAGUUUCAUGAAUGUGCCCCAGAUUCCGCACUUCACAGCUGUAGGGGUGCCCACUGCUGCUGCCGCAUUUCCUCACUGUUGUGCUUCGCAGCAGUCCAGGAGGGCUGCACCUGCCCAGACCACCAGUGACACCAGUGACUCAGGACUCCACAGGCUUCACCCCACCUGGCGAGGUGACCUUUUCCUGAGUGACCUCAUCCUUACCUAGGUUUGCCUCCCCCCAGCUCUCUUGAUCCCGGAUAUAUUACACAUGCAUCAGCUGCCCACCUGACAGCCCCAUCAGAUGUAAUGUGGCACCUCAAAUUUCUGUCAUCUGAAUUGUCAACUGCCCCCCUCCCCCCGGGCCAAAUCUGGCUCUUCCCGCAUGCCCUGCCCGCUCUCGUGACUGCAUCAUCCUGUGCCCCUGACCCCUGCCAGAAGCCUGGCCGACAUCAUUGAACUUGGCUGUCUCCCACUCCUCUCCCAUGCCACUCCAAAGCCUGUGAAUUCUCCCUUUUUUCUCCCCUCCCCUCACUAUAAGUCACUUUGCUGAUCCCAAGCUGCCAUCCUCCAUCCUAAAUCAGAAGGCUUUCCCCCUGCCCACUCUGGCCCCUUCCAACUUCCAAUCUGACUAUGCAAGACAAUCAGUGGCCUUUUAAAAAACACCUGAGCGUCUUCCUCACACACACUUGUAAGGCUUCUGUCCCCACCCUCUCCCUCCCAUGGCCUGUACCGGACCUGCAUGCCGGCUUGCUGUCUCCUCGCCAUGCUGGCCCUGCAUUCCUGGGACUCACCAGGGCCCCUUACACAUCCUACUCACAUUGGUCCUACGUGUUACUUGUGAAACAACGGUUUGUGUCAGGCAUUGAACCAAGAAAUGAGCCUGGCAUUUCCUGCCCUCCUGGCAUUCCCGUUCUAUCAGGAGAUGGAAUAAAUGAACAAGACAACCUC